GCCGGCGAGAGUGGCAGACGGAGGCGGCCCCGGGGAGAGAGCCCGAGCGACGCCCGCGAGGCAGCAGCUGCAGCGCUGACACUACCUAGGGCAGGGGGUCCCAGGCGGCUGGAGCGCUCUGUUCUGACCCCAAAGUGGAUGAUGCAGUCAGGGCCGAACCACUGACCGGAGUCUGAAGAAGUCCCAUCUUCGCGUUGGCCAUCGGUUGAGAUAAGAUGCAAGACUCUUACAAGGAUAGGACUUCACUGAUGAAGGGCGCCAAGGACAUAGCCCGAGAGGUGAAGAAACAAACAGUCAAGAAGGUGAAUCAGGCAGUGGACCGGGCCCAGGAUGAAUACACGCAGAGGUCCUACAGUCGGUUCCAAGAUGAAGAGGACGAUGACUGCUCCCCGCCGGGAGAGACCUAUAGUGGGGAGGCCAACGAUGAUGAAGGCUCCAGUGAAGCCACUGAGGGUCAUGAUGAAGAUGAGGAAAUCUAUGAAGGGGAGUAUCAGGGCAUCCCCCGUAUGAACCCAGGGAAGGACAGCAUUGUGUCCGUGGGGCAGCCCAAGGGCGAUGUGCACAAGGACCGGCAGGAGCUGGAGUCAGAGAGGAAAGCCGAUGAGGAAGAACUAGCCCAGCAGUAUGAGCUGAUAAUCCAAGAGUGUGGUCACGGCCGUUUCCAGUGGGCCCUUUUCUUUGUCCUGGGCAUGGCCCUGAUGGCGGACGGCGUGGAGGUGUUUGUUGUUGGCUUCGUGUUGCCCAGCGCGGAGACAGACCUAUGCAUUCCAAAUUCAGGGUCCGGAUGGCUAGGCAGCGUAGUAUACCUUGGCAUGAUGGCCGGGGCUUUCUUCUGGGGAGGACUGGCGGACAAAGUGGGAAGAAAGCAGUCUCUUCUGAUUUGCAUGUCUAUCAACGGAUUCUUCGCCUUCCUUUCUUCAUUUGUCCAGGGUUAUGAAUUCUUUCUCUUCUGUCGCUUACUUUCUGGAUUCGGGAUCGGAGGAGCCAUUCCCACGGUGUUCUCCUACUUUGCUGAAGUGCUGGCCCGAGAGAAGCGGGGGGAGCAUCUGAGCUGGCUCUGCAUGUUCUGGAUGGUUGGUGGCAUCUACGCCUCUGCCAUGGCCUGGGCCAUCAUCCCGUAUUAUGGAUGGAGCUUCAGCAUGGGGUCAGCUUACCAGUUUCACAGUUGGCGUGUGUUCGUGAUAGUCUGCGCGCUCCCCUGUGUCUCCUCGGUGGUGGCCCUCACAUUCAUGCCUGAAAGCCCACGGUUCUUGCUGGAGGUUGGAAAACAUGAUGAAGCGUGGAUGAUCCUGAAGUUAAUUCAUGACACAAACAUGAGAGCACGGGGUCAGCCUGAGAAAGUCUUCUCGGUCCACAGAAUCAAAACCCCCAAACAAAUAGAUGAGCUGAUUGAAAUUGAGAGUGACACAGGCACGUGGUACAGAAGGUGUUUUGUCCGGAUCCGCACGGAACUCUAUGGAAUUUGGUUGACUUUCAUGAGAUGUUUCAACUACCCCGUCAGGGAAAAUACAAUAAAGCUUACAAUUGUUUGGUUCACCCUGUCCUUUGGGUACUAUGGAUUAUCCGUGUGGUUCCCUGAUGUCAUUAAACAUCUGCAAUCGAACAUGUUGCCCAUUGAAAAGAUCGAGAGAGAGAAAUUUUCAAAUUUCAGUGUUAACUUUACAAUGGCAAAUCAGUUGCACACGGGAGCGGAAUACGACAACGGCAGGUUUCUAGGGAUGAAGUUCAAAUCUGUAACUUUCAAAGAUUCACUUUUUAAGGCCUGCAUCUUUGAGGAUGUGACUUCAGUCAACACCUACUUCAAGAACUGCACAUUUAUUGACACUGUUUUUGACAACACAGAUUUUGAGCCAUAUAAAUUCACUGAUAGCGAAUUUCAAAACUGCUCAUUUUUUCACAACAAGACGGGAUGCCAGAUUACCUUUGAUGAUGACUAUAGUGCCUACUGGAUUUAUUUUGUCAACUUCCUGGGGACAUUGGCCGUGUUGCCAGGGAACAUCGUGUCUGCUCUCCUGAUGGACAGAAUUGGGCGCUUAACGAUGCUAGGUGGCUCGAUGGUGCUUUCGGGGAUCAGCUGUUUCUUCCUCUGGUUGGGCAGCAGUGAGUCCAUGAUGGUAGGCGUGCUGUGUCUGUAUAAUGGAUUGACCAUCUCGGCCUGGAACUCUCUGGAUGUGGUCACUGUGGAACUGUACCCCACAGACCGCAGGGCGACAGGCUUUGGCUUCUUGAAUGCCCUGUGCAAAGCAGCGGCCGUCCUUGGAAACUUAAUAUUCGGCUCCCUGGUCAGCUUCACCAAAUCGAUCCCCAUUCUGCUGGCCUCCACCGUGCUGGUGUGUGGAGGACUGGUGGGCUUGCGCCUGCCCGACACACGAACCCAAGUCCUGAUGUGAUGGGGAACAAGCCAUCCGUAAUACUGCAUUUCUUUCUCCUGCCCUGUGUCGACCCUCCGGACUGACUCAAGGCUUCAGUUUGUUUGGUGUUUUUUUUCAGAUCUCAAAAGGUGGUAAAAUAGCAGAACACUAACUCUUGCCGUGACUGAAAUGUAGAUGCAUACCAUCCUGCCCCUUAGAUGUGAGUGUGCAGUGUUUUUCAGGCCUUGUUCCCCUUCCGAACUGGGCUCCUCCCAGCUCCCAACAGUCAGUCAGCGGAAGCGUUGUUGAAGUGUCCUCGGCAGCCGGGCCUCCCUGAGAUCCUGCUCCCUGAAGGUUGAGGAGCCUAUGCUGCCCUAAGAAAUAGAUCCUGCCUCUGAUUUCACAUUCAUGGGAAAUAUAAGUUGGCAUAUUAUUGCAUUUGUGCUGAGGAGAGGGAUUCUUCUUUUUUUUUUUUUUUCAAACAGAGUGAUAUUUCCUGUUUACUUAGAAAAGGACACCCAGCUUAAUUCUUGCUGUUACAGCAGGGCCUUUCAAAGAAAACCAUGUGGCACCAAACAGAGCUGGGUGGGGCUCUUUUGAGGCCUGACAGGGAAGGUGGCUUUGCUGACAAGACAGAUAAAGGCCAUGCCCUGAGCAGCAAAGAUCUGAGCGAGCGGCACACGCCAGAUUUCUGCCCAGUUCCAGUCCUGAAAAAUCUGAGGAGGGAGUCGUGCUGGCAUCUGUGAUGCUGGCCUGGGGGCCAGAAUGUUAGAAGAUCAGAGAUCAGAAACAGGCUUCUGCCUCCGUUUACCCCCGUCUCCUCCCCGCCCCCACCCCAGCUACCCUUGAUCUUGCCAGGGAGCAGGUUCCGAGCGAGAGAGCCGCUCUCCGAACCCUGGGUCUGCCUGCCUCAUUCCGCCCUUCAUCCGAACUGUGCUCAGUCUAGAGAUGGUCGGUCAUCUCCGUUGUUGUAAGCUGCAAAUGAGGAAGAAGUCCACCUCUAGAGGCGUUUGGAAAGGCGAAGCGCUGCCUCGAGGGCACCACCUUCCUGGGGGACGGCGCCCCCGCGCCCUUGACGCUGGGCUUUCUAGCUGGUAGCGCUGAAGUGGGUCUUCUUCCUCUAGCUUCCACUGGGCCCUGCGCUCCCGGCUGCCGGCUGUGUGGAACCCCAGCGGCUUAGUCCAAGCAAGGGGCCCUCUGGCAGACAAGGUGGUUUGGGGCUGCUUGCUUUACCUCUGGAAUCCUCCUGGACCUGGAAGACAGAGGUCAGCCGGACAUUCCCACGGGCUGUCGGCUUUGCGACCUUCUCACCCCUCAGGCCUGCCCCUCCUCCAGGCUCAUCCUUUUUAUGCACCUUUGAAAUCUGAAGCCUCCUUAUAGACUUGCAGCAGUGACCAGCAGCCAGGAAUAAAUCCCAUGUUAAAACAGUAUUCCUGUUUUUAACUCCGUCUUGUCAAAGGGUUAUCCUUGUUACUUAUUAUAGCAUUUCCAGCAGGCCGCAGCCCCGGGUCCCCGGGAAGGGAGAGCCCUUGUUUCCAAUAGCCAUUCCCUUCAAAGCCCCGUCCUGACCCCGAAGGCCCUCUGCCUCCUUCUCCCCUUCCUAAUGGUGCCCCUGGAGCUGCAUGCAGAGUGCAGAGUUCUGACUCUGUGAAACAUUUCUUUCAUGAACAUCGCCAUGAAUCGAUCGCCCCUUGAAGUCAUUCAGGUCU